AUGGCUCCAAAGCGAGCGAGGAAGGAGGUGGUGAAGACGACAACAACAAAAGUAGUUGCAGAGAGUGUAGAAGUCCCUGUGCUUACAACCGGCAUCAGAGCAGCAAUACCCACCCAAGAGCCCGCCUUAAAAGUCGCAAUGGAACCACCUCGUUCUCCUACUCCAAGAAAGGAAGAUAAGCAGCAAGUGCCCCACCCUGAAACUGGGAUUGGGCAUGGAGAGGAAGGGAAGGGAACAAGAAAGAGAGGAAGACCACCAAAGAGUGAAAGUGAUGGGACAAAGAGGAGGAGAAAGAGGAGGAGUAGUGGGGUGAGUGUUGUUGGGGUAGAAUUCAAAAGGUAUCUGUACAUGGUAUUGAAGCAGGUGCACCCAGAAUUGGGUAUAUCUUCCAAAUCCAUGACGGUUAUGAACAGCUUCAUGAACGAAAUGCUCGAGAGGUUGGCCAACGAAGCUUCUCGGUUGUGUAAGUACACAGGCAAGAAGACCCUGACGUCAAGGGAGAUACAAGCGGCCGUUCGGUUGGUGUUGCAUGGGGAGCUCGCCAAACACGCAAUCUCUGAGGGUACCAAAGCUGUCACCACAUACCUAUCAAAACGACUCUCCAGGUCCUAG